GAGGGGAUCUCUGAGGAUACACGGAUGAGAAGGAGGUGUGGAGGGGAGCCGAGGAAGAGGAGCCUGAGUGUGUACAGCCCCAGGGGGAGCUCACACACACACACACACACUCGCACGCACGCCGCAGACCGCGCACACACUCCAGCAGGCUCCCGGCACUGUUUCCCUGACAACUAGAAUGGGCUGCAAUUUGUGCACCUUGCAGAAACGGGAGGAACACUACAAACUGCUGUACGAGAUCGCACAGGUGAACGGACGCGACUUCUCCAAGGUUGAACACGAUGAGGCGGUGGUGGAGGCCAUCAGGCGGGAUCCCAUCGUCGUCCAGGUGCUCCGGCGCGCCCCCGCCGGCGCCGCGGCCGCCGUCAUGCACGGCGGCUCGCCGCAGGACGCGUGCGUGGUGGACGUCUGCACCCAGACGGACAUCACCUUCGAGCACAUCAUGGCGCUGGCCAAGCUUCGCCCGGCCACCCCACCUGUUCCGGACAUCUGCCCCUUCCUUCUGUCCGACAGCUGCCACUCUAUUCACACCAUGGAACAUGAGUUUUAUGAAUGCCCGGAGUACCUGUCGAACACCCCGGCGGAGGUGGAACGGACUGAAGAAUACGAGUAUGAGGAGGUGGAGCUGUGCAGACAGAACAGCCAGGAGAAGCUGGGACUGACGCUGUGCUACAGGACCGACGACGAGGAGGACACCGGCAUCUACGUCAGCCAGGUGGAGCCGAACAGCAUUGCGGCGAGAGACGGACGCAUUAAGGAAGGAGAUCGGAUUUUACAGAUAAAUGGCUGCGAAGUGCAAGAUCGAGAGAAAGCCGUUGCCUUGUUGUCAAGUGAAGAAGCGCGGAGCAUCGUUCUACUUGUCACAAGGCCUGAAAUCCAGCUGGAGGAAGAGGCCGUGUGGCUGGAUGAUGAACAACAGGAGCUGGUGGAGGAGCUGAAGAUGGAGAUCCUGGAGCAGAGGAGGAAGCAGAAGGAACAUAACUUUGGCAGGGGAGACGAGCAUCAAGCCGAAGAGGAAAUGACAACAGACACAGCGACCUGUUCGUCCAACCAUCAGGACAGCGGAUUCGGAUGCAGCACAGACAGUCCGGAGCACCAACCCCUGCUGGCCAGACUGCACAGGAGGAGCCCCGCCCACUGUCUGAGGGAACGGUGGCAGGCAGACCAUCCGCGAGUCGACGCGCAGGAAAAUCGCAGCACCAGAACACGGUGCCCGGGACAAAGCCACGAAGGCGUCCUGAGAAUCCGCAACGGCGGAGGCGGGAUACUUGGCUUAGAAAAUCGCUUCCAGCAACUCUUGGAGCUCAAAUGUCAGAUUCGGAACGGGGGCGAGUGUGGGGUGUACUCCAUCCGGCACAGCAUCGAGUGUAGCCUCACGGAGCAAGGGGGAGGGGACGGAGAUGGCGUGGAUGAUGUGGAGGGAGGGGGAGGAGUGGAGCAGGAGUUGAGGAUGCUGAAUGAGGAGCUGCGCAGCAUCGAGCUGGAGUGCCAGAGCAUCAUGCAGGCCCAUCAGCUCCGCCAGGCCCAACAGCUGGAGCACUCGCAACCCGCGCACUGCUCGCCGGGAAGGAGCUCCAAGGACGGCCAGAAGCGGCACGGCCGACUGGCCGACAUCCACGAGCACCCCGAGAGGUCAGACAGCGAUAAGAUCCGAGAGAAGGACAGCUCCAGCGCCUACAACACGGCCGAGAGCGCGAGGUCGACGCCGCUGGGCGUGGAGAGAUCCCCAGACCACUCGCUGCAGAGACACAUCAGCAUCACCAACCAGAAAAACCUCAGGCUGGCCGCCUCCGCACCCUCCAGUCCGAUCCCCAUCCCCAAACCCCAGGGCUCGGCCAGUCGGAGACCGGCAGACCCGGGUCCUCUGAUCUCCAGUAGUCCAGACCAGAGCAACCCUUCCAGGUCCGAGUCGGACCCAGCGCUGCCUGCAGACGACGAGAGGUGUGAAAAGAAAGGAAGGACCAGAGACUCAAGAAGAGCGGGACCCUAUGGCUCGUCCUACCAGACGGCUCCUUAUCACAGCCAGGGGGGAUCCAGGCAGCUCCAGAGCUAUAUGCAGCUGCUGCAGCAGCACUCGUCCCUGGAGUACUCCCAGAGCCAGCUGAGUCUGCUCAGCGUCUGUCGAGACCCGGCGCACCGGAACGGACGCCCCGGGGAGCCCCGUCUGGAGUGGAAGGUCAAGGUCCGCGCCGACGGGACGCGCUACGUCGCCCGGAGGCCCGCCCGCGACCGGAUACUCCGCGAGCGAGCGCUGAGGAUCCGGGAAGAGAGGAGCGGCGGCAUGACCACGGACGACGACGCCAUGAGCGAGAUGAAGAUGGGCCGCUACUGGAGCAAAGAGGAGAGGAAGCAGCACCUGGCGAGGGCCAGGGAGCAGAGGAAGAGGAGGGAGUUCAUGCAGAAGAGCCGCCUGGAGUGUCUGAAGGAGGGUCCAGCAAGCGGGGCCGAGGGUCGGAAGGAGAUCAACAUCUUGGAGCUCAGUCAUAAGAAAAUGAUGAAGAAACGGAACAAAAAGAUUCUGGACAACUGGAUGACCAUCCAGGAGCUGAUGAGCCACGGAGCGAGAGUCCCAGAGGGCUCCAAAGUUCACAACGCCUUCCUCUCUGUCACCACCGUUUAGUAAACACAUGUAUCGUCCCACAGGAA